UAAAUAUGAAGAUUUAUAUUCUGAUCCUUCUCCUUGCAUUUUCAUGGGCUGACCUUUUCAAUCAAGAGGAGAAUGGAGUCAUUGUGCUUAAUAAUAAGAACUUCAAGCAAGUCUUGAGUCAUUAUCCAAACAUUCUUAUUGACUUCUACGCCCCUUGGUGAGGAAAAUGCACAAGGUUCGAACCUAAGUUCGAGAAAGCAUGCAAAGUCCUUAAGAAAAGUGAUAAGAGUAUCCAGUGUGCUAAGAUAGAUGCAGAUACUUAUAAAGAGAUUGCUACAGAGUAUGAUGCAGAGUCAUACCCAACUCUUAUUCUGUUUGAACAGGGAAAUCCUAAGAGAUAUGAUGGAGCUAUGAGAGAUCAUUCAGUCAUCGGGUGGGCACUGACAGGAGAAAAUGUUUCAUCUUUGAAAGUAGAUUUGUCUCAAAUUGAAGAAAUGGCUCAAACAGAACAUGUAUUUUAUGCAUUCUUUGGAGAUAUUGAUAGUAAAGAGUUCAAAACCUACAAUAUGAUUGCCAAAUUUGAUGAACAUCGGAAUUUUGUUCACACUGACGACCCUGCUGCAAUUGAAAAAUACAACGCUAGAGCUCCAACUUUGUUAGCUUUUAGACAAUUUGAUGAACCCGUUGUUCACUUAGAAGGGGAAUUUGGAAGAAUUUCUGCUCUCACAUUCAUCAGAUUGCAAGGAAUUGCUAAAUGCAUGUAUUUCAAUGAUAUUGAUUCGGUAAAUAUCUUCAGAGGUAAAAGAACAGCAGCUUUUCUUGCUGUAGAUCCAGAUGCUCAUCCGAAAGUAGUUGAAAAUUUCUGUAACACUGCUAAAGCAGAUGACUCAAAAGUUUUAUAUGCUUGGGUUGAUGUCAAAAAUCCAGAACAAGAAGAAGUAAGAGAAUACAUAGACAUUAAAGAUAAAGAGUCUCCUCAUCUUUCAAUCGUCCACUUCGAUAUUCACUUUGGAAUGAUGAGAUUUGAUUAUAAAGGAGACGCCAGUACUUUGACUUCAGAAGAUAUUGAAAGAUUUAUCUCAAGAUUCCAAAAAGGAUCGGUUGAGAGUAGAUAUUAUGAUGAUCAAGAAAAGGCUUGGUACGAUGUCACAAAUCCUACCCAUAUCUAUUAUGAAAACUAUGAUCAAGUUGUCCUUAACGAAGAUGCUGAUGUCGUUGUAUAUUUUUAUGAUAAUAGGGAAGACAGGAAAGUAGUAUCUUUCCAUCAACAAUUAGGAAAAUUGAGCAAAGAAAUAGGAAAGAGUGAUGAAUUCGUUCUUGCAAGAUACGACUGGCACAAGAAUCCUCCAACCAUGGCCCAAAACACUAAGCCUAAUUCCAUUGUCUUGUUUACAAAAGAUGACAAGAGUAAGGGAAUCACUUUUGAGGGUGAAGGUACCUAUGAAGAAAUCAGAAAUUUCUUACUUACAAAUUCUCCAGUAUACAAGGAGAAGUUUGGACUUAAUGAAGAUUUGUAAUUUUUAUCUCAUCAAUUUUAUUUUAUAAAAA